AUGCGUUGUAUUCUUUUCAUCCUUUUAGUGCCACUUUCUUCAAGUUUUUUGUGUUCAAAAGGCUGUUCUUCAUGUAUGGCAGACUACACUUGUAAUACAACAUGCUCAGAUACAUUUGAUGACGACCACACUUGUAACUCGUGUAAAUGGAGUUCACCAAGUGCAUUAAACCCGGUGGCAUAUCUUAAAAAUUCAGAAGGGCAGUGUCUUAAGUCAAAUUCAAUAUUAGAGAAAGAUAAAUGGAUUCCUGACGAUCAGUACAUCCAAGAAAUCUUCCCAGGAAUCCCAAAUAUCAUUUCAUUUGAUUCUGAAACGCCACUUGAUUACAGUUUUUGUCGAUACCCAAUGAAAUACCGAGUGGGUAAAUGGUUCAAAAUUAACAUGACUGAUAUCACAAAUAGAUUUCUGUUAGCCGUUGUGGAGAAGGACAGUGAUGUUAUCAUAUCAAUUGAUAUGUCAAACUCCAAAAGAGAUGAGAAGUAUGGGAAGUGUUUAGCACACGCCACAUCAUCUAAGUCAUCAAGUAAUGUCUUAAUCAAGGGAAACUUCUUUCCUGGAAAUUAUGUCAAUGGCAAGGAAAUAAUCUUCUUCACGUUCUUCAUCUCAACAGACACUUUAAAAACAGUUAAUGCAACGUUUACAGUAUCUUUUUCAUUAGCACAAAUAAGAGAUAACACGACAAUCAUAUCACAAAAAGAAACAGAUGAAAUGGCUAAGAAUUUGUCGCUUGUUAAAGAAUUGAAAUUGUCGUUUGACUCCAUUGGAAUGUUUUUCUUUCCAAGUUGUAUGCCGACUUUUCUUUCAAAACUUGUUGUUUUUACUAUCACUUUUAAUGGAAAUUACUCUCUCCUCCUCUCUACUAAAAGAUCAAAUAAAGUGAAUUACCUCCAUUUGAAUAAAAUUAUAUUCACCAAUGAUACUUUAACAGCAGUGUGUGUCUCAAUGUGGAGUGGCACUAAGAUGUCGAUGCUUGAAUCUGAACAAGAUGGGUUAUCAGUUAGAGUACGAGGAGACAAAAACGAACAGAAAUAUUCACUUGUUACACAAGAUUAUUACUCAGAGAUUCUAUUUACUUAUCAAGUCAUUUGCCCAAAUAAUUGUUAUGCAGAGAAUGGUCAAGGAGAAUGUCUCUCAAGUGAAGCGAGGUGUCUUUGCAAGAGUGGAUAUGGUGGAGAUGAUUGUCAUUUGUUGUGUUAUUAUCAUGACAAUUGGCAAAUCAAAGAUCACGAUAAUUUGUGUUACUUUGGAUCAAACAAGUGUGAUCAGUAUUGUAAAUGUGAAAGCGGGCAUACUCUCCAAAACAAUUUGUGUGUGUCAAAUUCUUGUCAUGAUAACAACAAACUUGAUAUUGAAGAGUGCAAACGAAGUGAAUAUGGGUGUGCUCAAAAUUGUUACUGUGACACUGCAAAUGGGUUUUUCUAUAAUAAGACAUCUUUAAAGUGUCAAUCCAUAAAUUGUGGAAAUAAUAAAAUUGAUCAAAUUCGUUGGGGUACAAAUAGUUUCAAAGAAGAAGAAUGUGAUAGUGGUGUGAACUGUAAUGAUGAGUGUACUUGUAUAGAAGGAUAUAUCACCAACCCUGAUAAUAAUACUUCAUGUAAACUCAAAUCAAUUGGUGGAGGAGUUAUAGCUGGUAUUGUUAUUGGAGGAAGUGUAUUUGUUGUUAUUUCAACGACUACCAUUAUAACAGUUAUUCUAUUAUUUAUUAAUUACAAACAGAUAGACAUAGAAGUGUUCAAAGAACAACAACCAACAUUCCAUUAUUAUAUCAAUGGCUCUGUCAAUUGUGAACCAAAUAAAGAAUCCAAAUUUGAAGUUGAACCAGAACAACUUGACUUUGGCAAUCCAAACAGUGCGACUGCUAUAAUGGACACAAGAUUUGAGAAAAUUGAUAUUAAAAAUAGAAGUAGAAACAAAUAUAUGAUGAUCAUAUUUCACACACUAAAUAGUCCAAAAUACGUGUUCCACUUUGAUCCACAAGUUGUGAUACUCAAACCAAGAGCAAGUCGUAUCGUCACAUGUUAUAUGACAAUAUAUUGUACAACCAAGUUGAAAGGGAUGAAGAUCCCAUACACUGUUUGGUUUUCUCAAAGUCGUGGAACUCUCAAUGAAAUAGCUCUGUUGUUAGAAAACAAGAACUUUGAGACAUGGAAUAAUUCUGACCAAAAAUAUAUGGACAAACUCUCAAAAAGCGUCUUAAAAAAAUACCACCACAAUUUAAUUAUGACUACAGACGCGGCAAGUUCGACACAUAUUGAUAUGGAUGAACUUUCUAUUUCAGAGAAGCCAAUAGCAGAAGGAGCGAUGGGACGAGUCUAUAUGGGGAAUUACCGAAGUGUUCCUGUUGCUGUGAAGCAGUUUCGAUGGGAGAAUUUGAAUGAAGAAGAAGUAGCUGAAUUGAAGAGGAAUGUUAUUACCGAGUGUGAGAUCAUGGGAAAACUGCGGAAUCCAUUUAUAGCAAGUUACAUGGGGUCAGUGACAUACAUCCCACAAGUGUCGAUGGUUAUCCAAUUCUUCAUUCUUGGCUCACUUGGGGAAUAUCUGCGACAAGAGAAAGAGGACUAUGUCAAGAUCCCAUACAAAUUGAAAGUGCGGAUGUUGUUUGACACAUCACGUGGAAUGCAAUUUCUUCACGAGAACAGAAUCAUGCACUUAGACUUGAAGCCUGACAAUUUAUUAGUCAACUCACUUGAUUGUAACAGUGCCUGCUCUAUCAAAAUCACAGACUUUGGAACAUCACGAUUCACUAAGAAAUCAAUUACUAACAGCGAAGACAAGGGACUUGGCACACCUAUCUAUGCCGCACCAGAGACUUUCAAAGACGAAUACACUUUUGCUGGUGAUGUCUAUUCAUUUGCUAUAACAGCGUGGGAACUCUAUUACCAAGUCGAACCAUAUGCACAACUCAAGUCGAUAUUCGAAAUCAAAAGACACGUCGAAGAAGGAAAAAGACUCUCUUUUGAUCAAAACAUCCCACCGCUAUAUAAAAACUUGGUUGAGGAAUGCUCGAGAGCUGACCCUAAAGAUCGCCCUUCCUUCGAUCAAGUGUGUAACAGUAUAGUGAAAAUAGACGAAGACGUUAACAAUCAUUUAGAAGAAGGAAAUCAAAACGAAAGAAUGGUCGAAAUAGUCAACAAGCGAACCAACAGAAUACAAAAGCAGAUCAAUAGUUUUUCAGAGUAA